AUGUUUGUAUUCCUUAUUGCGCUUGGUCCGUAUUCCGCUUGGAUUGUCCGUAUUCCGUAUUCCUCUUGGAUUGUCCGCUUCUCCGCUUGGAUUGUCCGCUUGGAUGCGCUGUCUAGAUGGUGUUCAGUCGGCAAUCGAAGAAGCGCUUUUGUCUGUCGCAUUUUCUCGUGUGGAGGCACAUUUUGUGGCUUCGGCGAUAAGGCAUACAACUGGGCCAGUGGGCAUUUUUCUGUUUCCAAACUAUUGUACUUCUUUUCAUUAUUUGUUUCUUUUCUCCUUCGAACUCUUGAUACAUAUUCUUUUUACGUUUUCCUGAAGUUUCUUUUCAUGCCUUGUUAUCUCUCUCUUUCCUUCGAUGGCUCAGCUUGCGAACACUAUUGUUUCUUAUCGUGCGAAUACAAUGAAGAAAAGAUAAGAACAGAAAUGAGAGAUCCAUGGAGUUCGUAUGAAGUUGUUCAAAGGGCAUCUCUUCGUAUUUACGCCAAAACAACAUCUAGUAGUCUUUCCAAAAACUGUGAUUCGGCUUGA